AUGGAGUUCAAGGAUGAGGAGCUGGGAAACUGGACCGGCGCCGCUUGCCCGUGCUUCUCUGGACAGUUGCAAUUGUGGCACAUCAACAACAUGACUCCUAAGAAGGCCACUCAAGCCGCGCUGACGAAGACAGUGAGUGGAAGGCAGAAGCGGGAGGCGGAACGCUUCGCAUUCCAAGCUUCCCAGCUGCGGGCUCAAGCAGAGGCACUAGAGCGAAAAGCUCGCGCCUGCCACAGCGAGGGCGGUCGGCUGGGUCGGCGACCUCAUGCAGCUGAGUCCGGGUUGCGGGUACGGAUCGUCUCGGCUCGUGGGCUGCGCGCGGCGGAUUUUAACCUCAUGAACUGGGGAACCUCCGAUCCGUUCUGCACGUGCGAGGUCGUCGGGCAGCCCGGCGCCUCCUUCAAGACGCCGGUGAUCGACAAAUGCCUGGACCCGUGCUGGGACUUCGAAGGCAAGUUCCCGAACUACAAGGUCCUUGCGACCAAAGCCUCGGCACUGAAGCCGCCCGUUAAGGACAGGUUGACGGUCUAUGACCAAGACUGGAACUACAAGAACGAUUUCUUGGGCAGCGCGACCCUGCUCGAGAACCCGGAGGGCCUGGAAUCCUACAUUCAGGUGAAGGUUUCGAACCUUGCAGGGGAGUUUCCAGCCUCUGCGGACGAUCUG